AACCAAAACUCCACGGAACGAAAAUCUCUAACAAAAUGAGUAGAGUUUUUGGAUACGUUAAAGCAUUUUCAAAAGGAUUAGUCCUAAGUCUUCCAGUUUAUAUCGCCCUAGUAGACAAUAUAGGAAACGUAGCUACUGUCCAUGGAGCAUCGAUGAAGCCAUGUUUUAACCCUGACCACAGAUCACUAGAUGUAGUGAUGCUAAGCAAAAUUGCUAUACGAAACUUCCAAGGAAUAAACAGAGGARACGUUGUAUCUAUAGUAGAUCCUCAUGACCCCAACAUAGUAUUGAUAAAAAGGAUAAUAGGAUUACAAGGUGAUACCAUCAAGACWUUAGGAUAUAAAAAUAAGUACGUAAAGAUUCCAAAAGGACAUUGCUGGGUUGAAGGUGACAAUAAUGCACACAGUAUGGACAGCAAUACUUUUGGACCAGUAGCAGUUGGUUUGAUUCAAGCAAAAGCAACAUACAUAUUAUGGCCCAUACAUCGAUGGGGUAAAAUACAUAGCAUGAUACCUGACAGUCGUGAACCUUUAACAAGUGAAGAAUGUGAACAAAUGAAUAAACAAAAGACUGAUAAAACAGCCAUUAUUGAAGACAGYGAGGAAGAAAGAAUUUCCAAAGAUGUGAAUGGACUGAAGUUUGCUGAUUAUGAAUCUAUGAAUGAUUGUAGUUUAAUACCAGGAAAAUUUGGACCAGUCAGCUAAGGGAUGAGGGCAAAACAAUUGUCAUCUCACGGGACCCAAUUUAGGGGGGAGGGUGGUGUUACCCAGUACCCACCACCUCUGGAAGUGAAAUCUUAGCUUUUGUCCCCAAAUAUCUCCAAAACUAAAAGCCAAAUCACAGAAAUGAAUGGACUGUCUGUCUAAAAAGCAUAUUUGUGUAUAGAAAUUGCCACUACAGACCCCCAGUAUUGAGCAUUUGAACAGGUCUCUAGGGGGGAGGGGGUAUGUACUGGUACCCACCACCUUAGUUCAUAAAAUCAGGUUCCUAUUUUGGACCAUUGUUUUGACCUCGCCCCUAGUAUUUUUUUUAAAAGCUCAUUUUCUAGUGUGAUAAUUCAUGGUGUGUGUGCCAUGAACAAAUGAAGCAUCUUAAAAUUGAUUUUAUCUCAUACCAUUCAGAAAUUUUUAUGUGAUUGACAGGAAGAAUGGUUGGAAUACUGCAUUUUCUAUAUCCUAAUUAGCUGCAUGUUUUGUGGUGUGGAAUAAAGUGCACGGACAUUAGUCGUGGCACCCAUGUCUACUGAAACGAUAGAAUCCUACAGGUAUUCACAUAAGAAUAAAAAAACAUGGCUGCCAUGUGAGUUAGGCCCAUUCUCAUAUCACAACCUUCAAAGCGCAUGUCUUCAUUAGACUAGACCAUGUCACGAAAAAAAUAUAGCACUCCAUAUCACAUGUGGAUAAUAAAUGCACUCUUCUUCACUAUCAGCUCACCUCACUUUUUCAAGCAAAAGUAUACUAGUUUUCCCUCCCCUAUAAGGCCCUCCRAUAAACGAGGCCUUAUGUUUGUAUAACUUCAUAAUUUUACUG